AUGAUGUCCGCACAGCUUCAACAGCAGCAGCAAAGGCAGCAACAAGAUCAACAACACCAACAGCAACCAAAACAGCAAAACCAGCAGCAACUCCAGCCUUCCCAGCAACAGCUUCAUCAAAGCCUACCGUCUCGGACCGGCAAUGGUCCCGUGUCUGCGAAUGCUUUGACAGGGACGGCAUCGACGGGCGCAACGGGAUCGCAAGCUCCUCCUGCCACCUCCGACACACGGCAGCCGGCCUCUUUCGGACAACUGCGGAACCGUGCCGCCGAAAGUCAGAGUCCCUAUGUGCGCCUACACGCUAAAACACAUGUUGCCUGGCAGUUUCUCGAUGCCGAUACCUUGAAGCGCGCCCAGGCUGAAAAUAAGCCUAUCUUCAUGCACAUUGGCUUCUUAGCCGACCAUCACUGUCGCCUUACAACUCAAGAUUCCUUCUCCAACCACGCCGUUGCCGCCUUUCUGAACUCGUCCUUCAUCCCCGUCAUCAUCGAUCGCGAAGAGCGCCCGGACCUCGACACCAUCUACCAGAACUAUAGCGAAGCUGUAAAUGCUACCGGCGGCUGGCCUCUCAACCUCUUCCUUACCCCCGACCUCUACCCCAUCUUUGGCGGUACUUACUGGCCCGGUCCCGGAACCGAGCACAGCCUUGCCGCUGCCCACGGAGGCACCGGCGGCGUCGGUGGUGGCGCCGCAACCCUCGAGGCUUCCAGUAUCAACGGUGGUGGUGAAGAGUCCUACAAUGAUUUCCUUGCCAUAGCAAAGAAGAUCUACAAGUUCUGGGUGGAGCAGGAGGAGCGGUGCCGUCGGGAGGCGUUUGAGAUGCUUCACAAGCUGCAGGACUUUGCGCAGGAAGGCACCUUUAGCGGCACACCUGCCGAGCCAGUGCCCGUGGUAGCUCCUGUAGCGGCAGCUGACGUGGAGGCAGGCGCUGAUCUGGACUUGGAUCAGCUGGAUGAAGCUUUGGACAGGAUCUUCAAGAUGUUCGACCCUGUGGACUGCGGUUUCGGAACACCAAAGUUCCCCAACCCGGCCCGGCUUUCGUUCUUGCUUCGGCUGGCGCAGUUCCCCAAGGAGGUGAGAGACGUAGUCGGCGACAAGGAGGUCGAGAACGCCGCAUCUAUGGCACGGAGCACCUUGCGUCGCAUUCGCGAUGGCGGAUUGAGGGAUCAUGUCGGCGCCGGCUUCAUGCGAUUCAGCGUCACCAGCGAUUGGAGCAUGCCGCACUUUGAAAAGAUGAUCGGGGAGAAUGCUCUUCUUCUAGGGGUUUUCCUCGACGCCUGGCUUGGCCGUGUUGAAAAACCUGGCGCUGAGACCCGACUUUCUUUGGAAGACGAAUUUGCCGACGUGGUUAUCGAUCUUGCCGAUUAUCUCACAAGCCCGCUGAUUCAGUCCUCCGGGGGCGGCUUUGUCACAAGUGAGGCAGCAGACUCCUUCUAUCGCAAGGGCGACCGGCACAUGCGUGAAGGUGCCUACUAUCUGUGGACGCGCCGGGAGUUUGAUGGCGUGGUUGGGCCGGCCGGCUCUGCAGAAGUGGCGGCGGCGUACUGGAACGUUCUUGAGGAUGGAAACAUCCCCCGCGAUCAGGACCCUCAUGACGAGUUCAUCAAUCAGAACGUUCUGUGCUCCGUCUGGGGUAGAGAUAUCCAGGCCCUGUCAAAACAGUUUGGCAUCCCUGUGAAUGAUAUCAAGAAAACGAUUGCAACGGCACGGGAAAGGCUGAGGGCACGCAGAGAACAGGAGAGGCCAAGGCCUGCGAGAGAUGAAAAGGUAGUGGUUGGAGUCAACGGAAUGGUGAUCUCGGCGCUUGCGAGAACAGGUGCUGCAGUGAGUGACCUAGAGAAAACGAAGAGCAAGAGAUAUUUGGAAGCGGCGCGGCAGGCCGCAACCUUCAUCAAGGAGAACUUAUGGGUCCAGGAUGGCACACAGAACCGCAAAGUACUCAAGAGGUUCUGGUUCAAUCAGCCAAGCGACACAAGGGCGUUUGCGGAUGAUUAUGCGUUCUUGAUUGAGGGCUUGCUUGACUUGUAUGAGGCGACUCUAGAGGCCAAGUGGCUUGUUUGGGCCAAGGAGCUGCAAGACGUUCAAAGUGAACUCUUCUACGACACACCCGUCGUCGGCAACACUCCCACCCUCCGCCACUCGUACACAGGCGGCUUCUACUCAACUGAGGAAGCGACUCUCAGCCACACCAUCCUUCGCCUCAAGAGCGGCAUGGACAAGUCCCAACCGUCAACUAACGCCGUUUCCGCCUCCAAUCUUUUCCGUCUCGGCACCAUCCUCGAUGAGAAGCCCUACAUUCGCCAGGCUAUCGAAACCAUUAAUGCCUUCGAGGCCGAGAUCCUCCAAUAUCCUUGGCUGUUUGUCAGUCUCUUGGCCGGCGUUGUGACUUUGAGGUUGGGUGUCAGGGAGACUCGGGUCAAAGUCGAAAAUACGGCUUCGCUGAAGCAGUAUUGGAAGACGCCCAGCGCUGGGGCGAGCGCCCUUUUGCUUGGGUCUGAUGCUUGA